UAUCAAGCUGUAGCUAAAUAUAUUGCGUAAUAGAUUAUGUAAUGCAUGCUUCCAUUUUCCAACAAUAGGUGUCAGCCUAUGACGACAACAGCCGGCAUUUUUCUGUCAUUUUUGCAACUUGUGAUUGUGUUCUGGAAAGAUCUUAGCAAAAUGUUUGCUCUUAGACGACCGGUAUAUUCUAGUCGUUUUUUCUCUUCUGUAGCAAAAAAUAUGGAAAAACACGGCGUAGUCCCGGAUGUUGUUGAUGUGGCUCCCGAGACCACAGCAGAGGUAACUUAUCCCAGCGGCGUCAAGGUGGAGAUGGGCAACGAGUUAACCCCUACCCAAGUCAAGGAUGUCCCAACUGUCAAAUGGAACGCCGAUAAUAACGCCUUGUACACCCUUUGCAUGACUGACCCAGAUGCCCCCAGCCGCAAGGAGCCUAAGUUUAGAGAGUGGCACCACUGGUUGGUUGGCAACAUUCCAGGCGGAAAUGUCGGCCAAGGGGAAACCCUGAGUGCUUACGUCGGCUCUGGACCCCCGGAAGGCACAGGACUUCAUCGCUAUGUCUUCCUCAUUUACAAACAAAGCGGGAAAAUUAACUUCGACGAGAAGCGGCUUCCCAACACUUCUGGAGAUAACCGCGGAUGCUUUUCCAUCAGAAAGUUCGCCGAGAAAUACAAAUUGGGGCAACCGGUGGCCGGCAACUUCUACCAAGCCCAAUGGGACGACUAUGUCCCAAUUUUGUACAAACAGUUAGGAGGUUAAGACUUGAAUUCAUCUUUUGCAUUUUGCGUUCAGUUUUUGUUUUACUAUUUUCUCAUUAGCUUUGAAAGCGAUUUGGUUCAUAAUGUUUGGGUUCAAUAAAGGAUUACUAGUUUAAAGA